AUGGACGAGGAUGGACCGCGAGCAGCCGAGGAGGAGCCGGAGCCGGGCAGAGCCAAGACUUUCAUCCGCCUUAAUGACCUGUCCGGGGCCGGGGGCCGCCCGGGGCCGGGGGACAGGGAGGCGGGCAGCGGUGAUUCGGAGGCGGAGGCGCUGCCCUACCCGGCGUUGGCCCCCGUCGUCUUCUUCUACCUGAGCCAGGAGAGCCGGCCGCGGAGCUGGUGCCUCCGGCUGGUCUGUAACCCGUGGUUCGAGAGGGUGAGCAUGCUGGUGAUCCUGCUCAACUGCGUGACGCUGGGCAUGUUCCACCCCUGCGAGGACAUCGCCUGUGACUCGCCGCGCUGCAGGAUCCUCCAGAGCUUCGAUGAUUUCAUCUUUGCCUUCUUCGCCGUGGAAAUGAUCGUCAAGAUGAUUGCGCUGGGGAUUUUUGGGAAGAAAUGCUACCUGGGAGACACAUGGAACCGCCUGGACUUCUUCAUCGUCAUUGCGGGGAUGCUGGAGUAUUCCCUGGACCUGCAGAACGUCAGCUUCUCAGCGGUCCGCACCGUCCGUGUCCUGCGGCCGCUCAGGGCCAUUAACAGGGUCCCCAGUAUGCGCAUCCUGGUGACGCUUCUUUUGGACACGCUGCCCAUGCUGGGGAACGUCCUCCUCCUCUGUUUCUUCGUUUUCUUCAUCUUCGGCAUCGUGGGAGUCCAGCUGUGGGCAGGUUUGCUCAGGAACCGCUGCUUCUUCCCCGAGAACUUCAGCAUCCCGUACACAGUGGAUUUGGAGCGAUACUACCAGACAGAGAACGAAGACGAGAAUCCUUUCAUUUGCUCCCAGCCCCGGGAGAAUGGGAUGCGCUACUGCCGGAGUAUCCCAACACGGAGGGAAGAAGGUCUUGAGUGCACCCUGGAUUAUUAUUCCUACAAUGACACUACCAACACAUCCUGUGUCAAUUGGAACCAGUAUUACACCAACUGCUCCGCCGGGGAGCACAACCCCUUCAAGGGAGCCAUCAACUUCGAUAACAUUGGCUAUGCCUGGAUCGCGAUAUUUCAGGUCAUCACACUGGAAGGCUGGGUGGACAUCAUGUACUUUGUCAUGGAUGCGCACUCCUUCUACAACUUCAUCUACUUCAUCCUCCUGAUCAUUGUGGGCUCUUUCUUCAUGAUCAACCUCUGCCUGGUGGUGAUAGCAACGCAGUUCUCCGAGACGAAGCAGCGCGAGAGCCAGCUGAUGAAGGAGCAGCGGGUACGCUACCUGUCCAACGCCAGCACCCUCGCCAGCUUUUCGGAGCCGGGCAGCUGCUACGACGAACUCCUCAAGUACCUGGUUUACAUUGCCCGCAAAGGCAGCAAGCAGCUCGUGGAGGUCUACCGGGUGGCGGGCGUGAGGAUGGGUUUCCUCGCCAGCCCCACGAGCAAGGCAGGGGCUGACCGGCACUCCAGGAAGCGCCGGAGCAGAAAGAGGUCCUCCGUGCACCACCUCAUCCACCACCAUCACCACCACCACCACCACUAUCACCUGGGCAAUGGGAACCUGCGGGCACCCCGCGCCAGCCCGGAGAUCAGCGAUGUGGAGACCGGCUCCCUCCACAAUGGGACCAACCGGCUGAUGCUCCCCCCCUCGGCACCAAACCCCCACGGGGCCCCCGGCGCCGCUCCCAGCAACACCGAGUCCGUCCACAGCAUCUACCAUGCCGACUGCCACUUCGAGCCGGUGCGCUGCCGGUCAUCCCUCCCGCAGCCGGGCCUCGGUUUGCCGAGCCCAGAGGGGAUCCCCAAGAACAUCGUGGGCGGCAAGGUGUACCCCACGGUGCACCCCAGUACCUCCCAUGAGAUGCUGAAAGAGAAGAACCUGGGGGAGGCGGCGGUCGGUGGUGGGAGCAGCACCUUGACAAGCCUCAACAUCCCGCCCGGGCCGUACAGCACCAUGCACAAGCUGCUAGAGACGCAGAGCACAGGUCCCUGCCAAAGCUCCUGCAAGAUCUCCAGCCCCUGCACCAAGCUGGAUGGCGGCUCCUGCAACCCCGAGAGCUGCCCUUACUGCCUCAAGGCGCUGGCGAGCGAGGCCGAGCUGACGGACAACGAGACGGCCGACUCGGACAGCGAGGGGGUCUACGAGUUCACGCAGGACGCCCACUACAGUGACCAGCGGGACCCGCAGCGGGGCAGAGCCCGGGCCAGGAGAGCGAGCCGGGUGCUGGCCUUCUGGCACGUGGUGUGUGAGACCUUCCGGAAGAUCGUGGACAGCAAAUAUUUUGGCCGUGGGAUCAUGGUGGCCAUUCUCAUCAACACACUCAGCAUGGGGAUUGAGUACCACGAGCAG